AUGGCCGUCUCCGUGGCUCGGAAUACUCGCCCCCGUCCCACCACCUCCUUGAGCUUCGGCGAGCUCGUUACCUGCCCAUUUCCCACCGUCACCGCCGCCUUCUACCACCAAGCCUCCUCCUCAGCUUCCUCCUCCACACAUUCCCACAUUGCCGUCCGUGACCUAUCCGGCACCGCCCCUCGCGAGUUGACCUAUCCCCAGCUUGCCAGCCAUGCCCAGGCCCUUGCCUUGAGGCUACGCGGCCUUGGCGUCCAGCCCCGCCAACGGAUCCCCCUUGUCGUCAAGCGAGGGCUUGAGAUGGUCGUCGGCAUAUGGGCCAUCUUGUCCUGCGGUGCUCAGUAUGUUCCCCUCGACGGCGGCGUCGUCCCUGACUCCACCAUCAAGCACGUCGUCGAGCAGUCUGGUGGAGACGUCGUUCUUUGCCUGUCGACGACAGAGCAUCGAAUCCGGAGCCAGUUCCCCCAUCUCACUCCCGUCCUCAUCGACCAGUACAUGGCGGCGGACCCUGCCGAGCCCUCGUCAGACGGCUGGAUAGAUCUGGCCUCUCCAGAUGCCGGAUGCUAUGUCAUCUAUACCUCUGGGACCACGGGCAAGCCCAAAGGCGUUGAUGUCACGCACAGGAACGUGGCCAACCUGGUUUGCCUCUCGCCCGGCGGCCUGGGCAUCCGUCCCGGCAUGUGCGUCGGCCAGUUGCUCAACAUCAGCUUUGACAUGGCCGCGUGGGAGAUUUUCGCGUGUCUGUGUAACGGCGGCACGCUGGUGGUCAGGGGGUCUCAGUGGGAGCCCACGAUCCGGGAGCUUGACGUGCUCAUCUGCACCCCUACCAUCCUGUCCAAGUACCACCCGGCCCAGUACCCCAAGAUCAAAGUGGUGGCCACGGCGGGCGAGCCCACGUCCCAGGCGCUGGCCGACCUCUGGGCCACGCACGCGACGUACUGGAACUGCUGCGGUCCGACCGAGACGACCAUUGUCAACACCAUGUCGCGGCACGUGGCUGGCGACCCAGUCUCCAUCGGCCGGCCGACGCCCAACAACAGCGUCUACAUUGUCGACGACGCCGGCGAGCCUGUCCCUGUGGGCGUGCCCGGAGUGAUGUGGGCGGGCGGCCACGGAGUCUCUCGUGGUUAUGUGGGACUCGAGUCCAAGACAAGCGAGUCGUAUAUUCCAGACCCCUUUGUCGACGACGGGUCCCACAUGUACUGCACCGGAGACUUGGGUCAGUGGAGGCUAGACGGAUCCAUCGACAUCCUCGGCCGCUGCGAUGACCAGGUCAAAGUAAAGGGGUUCCGAGUUGAGCUGGACGGCGUCUCGUCGUCGUUGGCGUCGGCGCCGGGCGUCUCCCGGGCCACGGCGCUGAUGGUUGACGGCGACCUCCACGGCUUUGUCACCCCGUCGGGGCAGAGCAUAGAGGCCAUCCUCGAGUAUGUCCGCACGCUCCAGCCCUAUUACGCUGUUCCGGCCAAGAUCCAUCAGCUGGACGAGUUCCCGACGACGGCCAACGGCAAAAUCGAUAAGAAGAUGCUGCGCGUGGCCGCCGAGCCCGUCUCGGUGAUCACAGAGGAAGAUUUGAGCGAGAAGCAUCCGGCGUCGGCGGCCAAGAUGUCCAGCGACUGCGGCACACUCAUCGAGACGCGGUCAUCGUCGUCGACCUUCACCGUCGUGUCCGACACGCCGGACCUCGACCAAGACAUGCCGAGCAAACGGUUGCCGCAACCACUACGGGGUCUCAGACACCGCAUCCUCAUCGUCUACCGGCUGCUCUUCAGCCUCGUCGGGCUCACAAAUAUGGCCGCGCUCAUCGCCUUCGUCGUCUUGAGCCCCGGCCCGGAGUGGCUCGCCAUCCUGACGGCGGCCAACCUCGUCACAGCCGUGCUGGUGCGCCAGGACGCCGUCAUCAACCUCCUCUACACCCUCUUCUGCUCCAUGCCCAAGGGCGCCCCCCUGUGGAUGCGGACUCGCUGCGCCAAGAUUUACCACCUCGGCGGCGUCCAUUCUGGCGCCGGCGUGUGCGCGACCUCGUGGCUCCUCGCCUCCACCAUCCGCUCAACAGUGACCUACGCCAAGGAAAAGGGCUCUGCCGUCGACUCGCUCGCCACCAUUGUUGUCUCCUGGCUGCUGUCGGCUCUCUGCUGCACCAUUGUCGGCUUCGCCUGGCCGUCCUUCCGCAAGAACCACCACAACCUAUUUGAGCGCCUGCACCGCUUCCUCGGCUGGACCGCCCUCUGUCUCUUCUGGGUCCGCACCGUCCUGUCCGUCUACGACGCCACGUCGGUCGGCCAAGAUCUCGGCCUGGCCCUGGCCCGCAGUCCCGGCUUCUGGAUGUUGGGCGUGGCGACGUGCAGCAUCGCCUCGUCGUGGUUCUUCCUCCGCCGCGUGCCCGUCAACGCCGUGCCGUUGUCGGACCACGCCAUCCAGCUGCACUUUGGCUACACGGUGCCCGUCAACGGCAGCUUCACCCGCAUCUCGACGCGGCCCCUGCUCGAAUGGCACUCGUUCGCCACCAUCCCCACCCCCAAGCCGUCGGGCACCGCCACCAAGCCGGGCUACUCGCUCGUGGUGUCCAAGGCCGGCGACUGGACAGAGGCGUGCAUCCGCAACCCCCCGACGCAUCUUUGGGUCCGCGGGCUCCCGGCUUGCGGUGUCAUGCGCAUCGCAACCCUCUUCAACCGCGUCGUCGUCAUCGCCACCGGGUCCGGCAUCGGCCCCCUGCUCGGGCACAUCGGCCAGCCCAGCUGUCCGACGCAGCUCAUCUGGUCAACGCCAAACCCCGAGCAGACGUUUGGCAAGAGCGUCAUCGACAAGAUCCGGCGGUCCAUCCCGGGCGCCAUUAUCCACGACACGAGAGUCAAGGGCCGGCCCGACCUGGUCAAGAUGGGCUUCAACCUCGCAAAGGACUUUGGCGCCGAGGCCGUCAUCAUCAUUGCCAACGAGAAGAUUACCAAAAAGGUAGUCUAUGGCCUCGAGUCGAGAGGUCUGCCGGCCUAUGGAGCCAUUUGGGACAGCUAA